AUGGCGAUCAAGCACAACAACCAAAUCCCUAACAACCAUUUCCGCAAGGAUUGGCAACGCCGCGUCCGGGUGCACUUUGACCAGGCCGGCAAGAAGCACAGCCGCCGUCUGGCGCGCCAGAGCAAGGCUGCUGCCAUCGCCCCGCGGCCCGUCGACCGCCUGCGGCCCAUUGUCCGCUGCCCGACCAUCAAGUACAACCGGAAAGUGCGGGCUGGCCGUGGCUUCACCCUGACCGAGCUCAAGGCUGCUGGUGUCCCCCGACUUCUGGCCCCGACUAUCGGUAUUGCCGUCGACCACCGUCGCCAGAACCUGUCUGAGGAGUCUCUGGCCGCCAACGUUGCCCGUCUUAAGGCUUACCAGGCGCGCCUGCUCGUCUUCCCCAAGAAGGGCGCUAAGCCGGCUAUCCCUGCCGGUUCCGCCGCCGCCACCAUCGCCGGCGUUCUGCCUAUCGUCCCCGUCCCGGCUGGCGUUAUGGAGAUCAAGACCAGCGAGCUGCCGGCGCAGCUUGAGGGCGGUGCCUUCACCACCCUGCGCCUGGCCCGGUCAAACAAGAAGUACGCUGGUGUGCGCGAGAAGCGGAUCAAGGAUCGCGCUGAGGCUGAGGCGAACAAGAAAUAA